AUGUGCCCAUUGGAGAUUAGUUAUCAAAGCAAAGGCCACAUAAAUAGUACAGAUGGUAAAGAUGAAGUAGAAAACCUUGAGCUAGAAGACGAACUUGAGAUUAUAGACGGGGUGGAAGACGAAGAGGUAGAAGGAUGGGAAGAAUGGGAAAAUAAUUACGUGGAAUUAAUGUGCAAUAAUGAGGCGACGGCGGAGGGAAAUAAUUUGCAUGUUCCCAAUGAACGUAAUAAUGAGAUGGCGGCGGAAAAGCAAAAGAGAUAUAUGACUAACAACAUACAUGAUGAGGCCAUCAAUGAAAACUUCGGGCCACAACUUCAGCUCUUGUCCCAAAUGGAGUUAGCAAGGAAAGAAAAGAAAAUGGGCUUGGGAUAUGGCUUGAUGGAUUUUCCCAACUCACCAGAUAGAGAGACAGAAGAUGAACAUAUCCAAACAAUCUCUCCAAUCGAAAUAGAGGGUAUUGAAGAUGAGGGUGAAAGUGGAAUUCGGCAUCUCCGAUCAAGUACAAAUAUGAGGGGUGAAAUGUGA